AAAACUCAAAGUAUCCGUCUCUAUAAAAACACGCCUCUUGUUACUCUUUCAACAGAUCACAAUCUCCACUAAUCUCUCUUUGAAUCUGAUUUUUCCAAACAAAUAUAUAAAUCAGCUUUAGCGUCGAUAGAUGGUGCAUACUCAUCAAAAAGUUACUCAUCAGAAAAAGAGAAAAACGAUGGUGUUUCCGGCGUGUGUUCAGUGCGGGACGAGACAAAACCCGUGUCGGUGCAAAUUUGUGGGACCGACGUUAGGGUUCGUGGCUUUUCUAGUGACCGGAGUCAUCGAGUGGCCGGUUGGUGCGGUGGUUUAUAUCUUUAAACACGCAAAGGGUCGCCGUAUUAUGCGUCAUCCGUCUAGCGUCGUUUAUCCUAAAGUCUCGAGAGCUAUUCCCAUUUGACUUUGUCGUCGUUAUUAUCCAACUAUGUUUCGUGAUUAAGUUUGUAUGUUUUCACUUUUUUUAUUUUCAAUUAUAUAAAUCCCGAAUCCUAAGUCCUGAUUAGUUUCUUCUUAUCUGUAAAGCAAAUAAAUUUUAUGUUAUGUGAGAAUCGAUACGAGUUGAAAUACUCGUUUGAUUUACUUGAUGUAUGUAUUGUUUUUUUUUUCCCCUUUUUUUUUGUUGGUAAUGUAUACUACUUGUCAGCUAAUAAAUUUUAUAUUGGAACCGUUU